AUGCAACCAAGACAAGAGACUACCUUUGAUAUAGAAGAUCAGCCUCAAAUAUUCGCUGAUGCCACUCCAAAAAUCAGGUCAAUCAGGUUUGGUGACUGGGAAAUGGAUACAUGGUAUGUAGCUCCCUAUCCUGAGGAAUACAGUUGGUAUCCAACGCUUUAUAUUUGUGAAUAUUGUUUGAAAUAUAUGAAGAGCAAAUAUAUUGCAGACCGACACAAGAUGAAAUGUCCAAUGAAACAUCCUCCUGGUGAUGAAAUUUAUCGAGAUGGACUAAUCUCGAUAUUUGAGGUCGAUGGACGUAAAAAUACUAUCUACUGUCAAAAUUUAUGUCUUUUGGCAAAAAUGUUCUUGGAUCACAAGACGCUUUAUUAUGAUGUAGAGCCGUUCUUAUUUUACGUAAUGACCGAAAUAAAUGAUACAGGAUGUCAUUUUGUUGGAUACUUUUCAAAGGAAAAACGUUCCCCUUUAAAUUACAACGUGUCAUGUAUCUUAACACUACCCAUUCAUCAGCGAAAGGGGUACGGAAAUUUACUAAUUGAAUUUAGUUAUCUUUUAACAAAGAGAGAGAGUAAGACAGGGUCACCAGAGAAGCCAUUGUCUGAUCUCGGCCUUCUUAGUUAUCGUUAUUAUUGGCGCAACGUACUUUUUGAAGUACUCAAUGAUUCUCCAGAGGCUCUUAGUAUCGAAGGUAUAAUAUAUCGCGCAACUAGUAUGACAGUCAAUGAUGUUGUAGCUACUCUUCAAAUUAAUAAUAUGUUGGUAAAAGAUGAAGAAAAUGGUACAUAUAGGAUCGUUGUUGACAAAGACUUAAUUAAGAAUCACCUUGAGAAAGUGACAGCUAAAGGGUAUCCAAGAAUAAGAACAGAAAAUCUUCGAUGGACGCCAUUUAUUUUAACGAGAGCAUUGCGAAGAGCACAAGAUCUUGAAAACGAAAAGAACAUAAGCAAGCAAGAGCAACAGAAUUCAACUGAUCGGACUAAUAAAAUAGUUGAUGACGAAAUGGAUGUUGAUUAA